AGUAAAAAUUGCAAAUAAACACUUUCAAAUCCAUGUGACAAGUGACUUUUAUUAAAGAAGCACAAGCGUGAUGGAAUGGACAUUAAUCUUUUUUCUGCUUUUUCCAUCUGUUGGUAAAGUAAUUUGUCAAGAUGAUGCAAUCCCACCUAAGAUAACUAGUAUAUUUAAAAAUGAAUAUCAUCUCCCUGUAUCAACUGUUUUAGCUGAUACUAAGAUUACAUGCAAGGCAAGACAUGGACAGAUUCAAUAUGAAUGGAGAAAGGACAACAUAACUGUUCAGUCAAGUGAAUUUGUGUCAGUAAAUAAUUCUACAGGAACAUUGAGCUUCAACAAAAUGAGGAAUUCUGAUUACGGAACCUAUCAAUGUUUGGCCUCCAAUAACGCUGGGACCUCUAUUUCUAAUCCCUUCGAAGUUAAAAAAACUG